AUGGCCGACUCCGGCCCAGGGCAACUGCACGCCAAGCCGCCACACCUCGGUUCCCCAUACUCGCCGACGCCCUCACCUUUUUCCAGUUACGACCGUCCUCUGCUCCCCGAUCCGGCCGCGCAGCCGCGCGCCUUUCGCUGCAAUCCCAUCCUCGAUUCCUUCCCGAGCCCGACUGGCGCGAGCGAUGCGUCGCCCUAUGCGAUUGACGCUUCUUCGUCUGAUGCGACUCGACUCUCCGGGCCCGUCCUGAUGCCGCCUGAAUCCGAGUCCUCUGCCGCGCCGUCCACCCAGGACCAGUCCGCCAGGAUCUGGGACGACCUCAACGCCCUGAGCCAGACAGGCGCGCGGGAACAAGCCAAUGCCCCCCCGGUCGGCGACCAGCCUUCGUAUCCGACUGGUGUGGACGCCGUGCCGGAACCCAAGGAGAACGAUCCAGAUGGCGGGAACAAAGCCGCAAACCAGACGGUCGAGAAGGAAAAGCCGCCAUGGAGUGAGUUGAAGACCAAGGCGGGCAAGGAGAGGAAGCGACUGCCGCUGGCCUGCAUCGCCUGCCGCAGGAAAAAGAUUCGUUGUUCCGGAGAGAAGCCGGCUUGCAAGCACUGCUUCCGAUCGCGGAUCCCAUGUGUCUACAAGGUGACCACGCGAAAGGCCGCUCCCCGGACCGACUACAUGGCCAUGCUGGAUAAACGCUUGAAACGGAUGGAAGAACGGGUGAUCAAGUUCAUCCCCACCGGCGAGACGAGAGAUAUGGCCGCCAUCGGGAGGGCCGUGGUGAAACCCACGCCUCCCGGACAGGCCCCCAAGCCUCCCAAAACCAACCAGAAGAAACGGUCGGCAGACGAGGCUUUUGCGGCGGAAUUGGAAGAAUGGACGCGUGGCAAUCGAAACCCGCCGCCGUCGCAAGACACCUUUUCAUUGCGUCGGGAAGCUAAAUCACUCGAAGCCACGGGCCUGUUGACGGAGGGAGCCGAGUAUCUCCCCCCGAUGGAAAUCCAAGAACAUCUGUGUGAAGUGUUUUUCGAAUGUGUUUAUGGGCAGUCGUAUCUCCUUCUCCACAAGCCCAGUUUCAUGCGGAGGUUGAAAGCUGGAACGGUGCCUCCGGUCCUGAUCCUCGCCGUCUGUGCAGUGUCCGCUCGCUUCUCGACUCAUCCGCAGCUGAACUCCGAGCCGGCCUUUCUGCGAGGCGAGAAUUGGGCCAACCCGGCGGCGGCGAUAGCGUUGAGCCGCCAUGACGAGCCCAACAUUACCAUCCUCACCGUUUUCCUCCUCCUGGGGCUGCACGAAUUCGGCACCUGUCACGGUGGACGGAGUUGGUCGUUUGGCGGGCAGGCGUUGAGGAUGGCCUAUGCACUGCAAUUGCAUCGAGAGGUGGACCGCGAUCCCAACGGCAAAGCCUCCGAGUUGAGCUUCGUCGACCGGGAGAUUCGACGACGCACAAUGUGGGCCUGUUUCUUGAUGGAUCGGUACAACUCGUCGGGCAGCCAGCGUCCGCCGAUUGGGAAUGAGAAGUUCCUCCACAUCCAGCUUCCGGUGAAAGAGUCUCACUUUUUGAUGGAAAUUCCCGGGCCGACGGAAGACCUGGACGGGAACGUCCCCAAUCCGGUUCCUGAGGGCCAAGGUCAACUCUCCAACCCCAAGGACAACAUGGGAGUGUCGGCCUACAUCAUCCGAGCCAUCGUCGUCUGGGGCCAUAUUGUGGAUUACCUCAAUCUCGGUGGCAAGAAGAAGGACCCGUACCCUCUGUGGGCUCCUGAAUCGGGCUACAUGCGACUGAAGAAGGAAAUCGAGGAUUUUGCCGCCUCCCUGCCAGACUUCCUCAAAUUCACGCCCGAGAAUCUCCAAAACCAUGCCGCGGAGAAGAUUGCCAAUCAGUUCCUCUUCUUGCACAUCAUCAUCCAUCAGAACAUCCUCUUCCUCAAUCAGUUCGCGGUGCCCCUGUCUCCGGGAGGGCGGCCCCCGAAGGACAUGCCCAAGUCCUUUCUGAGCGAUGCGGGACGGGCGGCGGUGGAGGCGGCGCAUCACAUCUCCAUGCUGAUCGACCGUGCGUCUGGUUAUUCUCUGACGGUUCCGUUCGCGGGAUAUUGUGCGUAUUCAGCCAGCACCGUCCACAUCUGGGGGAUUUUCUCCAAGAAUGCGCAGUUGGAGGCGCGAUCCAAGGAAGACCUGCGGCACACGUACCGCUAUCUCAACAAGAUGAAGCGAUACUGGGGGAUGUUCCACUACAUGGUCGAAAGUGCCAAGGACCGUUACCGGCAAUUUGCCGAUGCCGCCAUCAAAGGUCCUCGGGCGAGCAAUCCAAACGGCCAAGGGCCACCCAUGUUCCAGUACGGUGAUUGGUUCGACAAGUAUCCUCAUGGGGUCUCGAGGUCGCAUUGGGAAGACCCGGACCCGAGCAAGAAAAAGGAAACGGGCGACGAUGCCGUGAUGGGCCAACGACCUGACCUCCAGAGCGUGGAAGAUUUCUUCGCCAGCUUGUCUCCCUCGCAGAAGUCGUUGCAGCCACACAAGCAGCAGAAAAGGGACGACAAGAGGGAAUCGAAAGACUCUCCGUCUGACGCGGCGUCAAUGCCUCGACAGUCUGCCGAUUUUGGACAGCCGAUGCCAGCACCUCCGCAGCAGGAGCCGCCUUUGAUGGAUAUGCUGAUGGCCAACGCGCCGGCCGAUUUUUCAGGGUUCAACGAUCCGAACUUGUUCCACCGCGCUCAAUCGUUCGGUCAACCCAACUUGGACUUUUAUUUCCCCGACCACAUUCCCCAGAUGGACCGACACUUUGUGUACGGCUCGUACGUCGGGGCGGAUCCGGCAGCGGUGAUGCCUAGCGGCAUGUCGAUGGGCCCCAACGGAGGCGUAGACGGGCAGGUUGCGAACGGCGCUGCCGGUUCGUUCUGGACGGACCCGUUCACGCCGGCCGGCACGGGCGAGUUUUUCCAGCCCAGCGCGUGGUUUCUGCCGUUCAAUCUGGAUCCGGGGAUGGGCGCGACGGAUGCGACUGCACAGUCGGGUCCGAUGCAGGGACCUGGUUUUAGCAACUCGGGAAACAUGAUCAAUUCGUUUGACAUGGGGCUGACAGGGAUGGGAGGGCCCCAACAAGGUCCAUCAUGA